UUUAAGAUAAUGUAAAAAAUGUAAGUUUCUCUAUAGUUCUCUUGUCUACUGAUAAACUGGACCAGAAAUAAUGCACUAAUCAGGAUGUGGUUUCUACUCGUAUCUGCAAGUUUGGUGAGUACAGUCUGGGCUCAAAGCCAAAUAUUUGAAAAUGAACGAAAUGAAGGAAGCCCCUGCUAUGCUACUCUUGAGGAUGGAUCUGAGGAUCUAAGUAAACCUAUCAGAUGUUCUCCACCUUUCCAAAAUGUUGUCUCAGAAGCAGAAGUACGGGUUGACCCUCCUCAGAUGACCUGUGGUGUAAUGCAAGGGGCCCCUACAAGAUUUUGCCUACAAACUGGAGGUUUCUACCGAGAAUGUGACGAGUGUAAUGCCUAUAUACCAGAAAAGAAUCAUAAUGCUACUUAUCUCACGGAUACUCACGCUGAUGUAAACCAGAAAGCGUAUGAUAUUGUCUGUAUUCCAGAGAAAGCGUAUGAUGUUGUCUAUAUUCUAGAGAAAGCGUAUUAUAAAGUCUAUAUUCUAGAGAAAGCGUAUGAUAUUGUCUGUAUUCUAGAGAAAACGUAUGAUAUUGUCUAUAUUAUAGAGAAAGCGUAUGACAUUGUCUAUAUUCUAGAGAAAGCGUAUGAUAUUGUCUAUGUCCGACUGAAGUUCCAUUCGCCAAGACCUGAGAGUUUUGCAAUCUAUAAGAAAAAUAGGAGAGAACCUUACAAAGAUGAUCCAUACCAUAACGAAGACUGGAUUCCUUGGCAGUACUAUAGUACAACAUGUAGAGAUACAUACGGGGUGCCAGAAUCUCUUUCUAUUAUACAGCCUAGAGAUGGAAAAACAAAGGUUAUGGAAGACCGAGCUCUGUGUACAAGUGAGUACUCAGAUAUCUCUCCUCUAACUGGAGGAAAUGUUGCCUUCUCUACGCUGGAAGGACGACCUUCAGCUUUUUAUUUUGAUAUCACACCAGAGCUUCAACAGUGGGUUUCAGCCACAGAUAUCAGAAUUUCCCUUCGACGCUUGAACACUUUCGGAGACGAGGUGUUUGCAGACUCUAAGGUGUUGCAGUCCUAUUACUACGGUAUUACACAUUUCACCGUGGGCGGAAGGUGUCAGUGUAACGGGCACAGUAACGUCUGCAUACCAGACCCAGAGGAUGGAGGUAUGAUGUGCCUAUGCCAGCAUGGGACGGAUGGUAAGAACUGUGACUCCUGUUUGCCAGAUCACUGGGAUAGACCCUGGAGAAGAGCAACUGCUGAAAAUGCAUGGGAAUGCAAACCUUGUGACUGUAAUGGGUGGAGUACUAGAUGCAGGUUUAAUGAGCAACUCUAUACUCAGACUGGGAGUGGAGGGGAGUGCAUGGAGUGCUCUGGAAACAGGGAUGGGCCACACUGUGAGAGAUGUCUACCCUAUCACUAUAUAUCUCCUGUAAAAGAUGUCCAAGGCCGUCAACCCUGUGAAUCCUGUGAUUGCAACCCAGAAGGUUCCGUUGAUCUGCAGUGUUCAAUAGACGGUAAAUGUUCCUGCAAACCUGGAGUUAUUGGAGAUAAGUGUGAUCAGUGUGCGGCAAAUUACUGGAGCUUCCCAACUGCGGCAGAUCAAGGAUGCAAAGCAUGUAAUUGUCUAGUUGAAGGCAGUUUAGAUAACUCACCUAAGUGUGCUGUAGACACUGGUAAAUGUAAUUGUAAACAGAAUAUUGAAGGUCAACGCUGUGACAGAUGUAAGCCUGGACAUUUUGAGAUCUCGUCUGAUAAUAAGUUUGGUUGUACUCCAUGCUUCUGCUACGGGCAUACCUCACAGUGUGAUAAAGCUCGAGGCUUUACCAAGAUGGUCAUUGGAAACGAUUUCUCCAGAAGUGACGGAGAAUGGAAGAGUAUUGAAGGAGAUCAAAUAACUCCACUCAAGUUCGAUGGAUUUGCCAAACUGAUCGGAGUUCAGUCCCUGCAGGAAACAGCCUUCUUCCUGGCCCCACAGAAGUUCUUGGGAGAUCAGCGAGCCGUUUACAAUCAUCAGCUCAGGUUUAAGCUGAGAAUAGGAGCUGAAGAUGCAGGUGCGCGGCCUUCGGUAGAGGACAUCAUCAUUGAAGGAAGUGGAAAAAUUCCACUAAAGAUCUCACUUUCGAUCACAGAGCAGAACAAUCCAAUGCCGUCCUAUCAGCUUCAGGAUUAUACAUUUACACUACAUGAGAGCCCGGAGUAUGGUUGGACUCCGUCCCUCAGUGCGGCAGAUUUCAUGGCUGUCUUAUCCAACAUCAAGUCCAUCAAGAUCAGAGGUACAUAUGUCACUUCUGGGAUGGGAUUCCUUGAUGAUGUUCAGAUGGAUUCAGCUGAACUUCGUGGCAGUGGACCACCCGCCAUUUUUGUUGAGAAGUGUGAGUGUCCAAACGGCUAUGAAGGUCAGUUUUGUGAGAGAUGCCAACGUGGUUACUAUCAUGAAAACAAUGGUGGACCUUUUGCCCGCUGUGUUCCAUGCAACUGCAAUGGCCAUUCUGAUUACUGUGACAUAGAGUCCGGGAAGUGUGAGUGUAAUCACAAUACUGAUGGACAUAAUUGUGAGACCUGUUUAGUGGGAUUCUUUGGAGAUGCCAUUCUUGGAACUCCUGAUGACUGUCAGGCCUGUCCUUGUCCUCAGGUUGUAGGUGAGCAAGGUGAAACUAGGAUUGGAGCUUGCUUUGAGAUUCAGGGUGAUCCAAACAGUCCUAUCUGUACUGAGUGCCCAGAGGGACGGGAUGGAACACGAUGUGAGCAGUGUGCUGACGGAUUUUUUGGUGAUCCAGACGGAAGAAACGGAGAGGUUAGAUCCUGUCGGAAAUGUAACUGUAAUGGAAAUGUGGAUGCAAAUGCUCUAGGUAACUGUGACAGGGUAACUGGAGAGUGUUUGAGGUGCAUAGAUGAUACUGCUGGCUUUACUUGUGAAAGAUGUAAAUCAGGAUUCUUUGGAAAUGCAACAGCAGUCAGGAAGAGAGGAGAACCCCAGAAUUGUCAACCUUGUCAAUGUUAUCCUCCUGGAACUCAUCUAGAUACUAACCAAUUACUACCCGUCUGUGACAGCUACACAGGGAAAUGUUCUUGUAAACCUAAUGUUGUGGGUCAUGACUGUGACAAGUGUAAGGAUGGAUACUUCAGGAUUGAUAGCAGCAUGGGCUGUGAUCCUUGUAACUGUGAUCCCAUAGGAUCUAUCAAUGGUACUUGUAAUGUCUACUCAGGUCAGUGUUACUGUAGGCCUGGAGUAACCGGUCUGCGGUGUGAUGUAUGUGAGGCCUAUCAUUAUGGUUUCUCUGUGAAUGGAUGCCAAGCUUGUGAAUGUGACCCAACUGGAUCAACAGAUCUUCAGUGUAAUGAGCUAACUGGUCAAUGUCCCUGUAGGAACAAGGUGGAAGGAAGAAUGUGUGACAGAUGCAUGGAAAAUACCCGGAGUAGGGAUAAUGGAGGUUAUGGAGAAAAGAUUUGUGAACCUUGUGAUGAUUGUUACAAUUUAGUUCAAGAGUCUGCUAAUCAGCAUAGGAGAAACCUUGAAUCUUUAGACAAGUUGCUCCAGCAGAUAGCAGAGAACCCUGAACCUGUUGGGGAUGAUUUUGAAAUCCAAUUGAAGAAACUUCAAGUUCGUGUUAAAACCAUGGUAGCAGAUGCCAAGAUUUCCUCACAGAAUGAGGAAGGAGGAACCCUAAAGGAUCGACUCAAUAACUUGUCAGAUAAGUUAGAUGAAGUUGUCCAGCUAGUGAGUAAUGCAGACAAGCAGUUGGAUGUAGCAAACAAUCAUGGAAACCAAGCUAAGGAUAAUGUUAAGAAGGCAGAGAUGGUUAUCAACAGAGCUAGGGAAGCACUGAAAUCAGCUAAGAACCAGAUGGAUGUAAAAGGUCGUGAAGCCUUGAGAAAAGCCCAAGAGAGAGCUAAGAAAUUUGGAGAAGGAAGUGAAAAGAUGACUCAGAUUGCUGCAGAGGCCAGGCAGUUGAUGGAACAACAAGAAGAGGAUGCUAAUGAAAUCACAAGUAUUGCUGAACAAGCGUAUGAGAUGUCCAAUGACGCAUAUCAGCUUGCAUAUUCUGCUAUGCAGGAGCAGGUUCACAACGCUAACAAGAUUGACACUCUCAAGUAUAAACUGGCAGAGGUUGAGAACAAGCUAAUCACUGUUGAGAAACUCUCAUCUAACACUCUACUAAAAGCAACAGAUGCUUAUGAUGACGCUUUAAAUAUUUAUCAGCAGGUGUUUAAUCUGGAGGUUCCAGUCAUUAACUCUGCCAACUUGGAGAGUCAGGCUCGUCAAAUAUCAGAGGAUUCUAAGAGAAUUAAAGAGGAUGCUCAGAGGCUGAUGGAUGAGUAUAGUCCUCUGGUCCGGAAUACAAUGGAGAAGAGAAUGAACCUGCAGGAUCUUCUGAACAGGGCUAACAUGCAACAGCAGGAGGUGGACAACAGACUGGAGGAUAUGGAGAGACACAGAUCAAGAGCCACUGAAGCUGUACAGCUUGGAAAUAACGUCCUUGAGGACGCCCAGAACACUUUGGAAACCCUGAAGGAUUUUGAAAACCGUGUCAGCAGUAAUAAAGACGCUGCUGAGCAAGCUCUGACCAGAAUCCAGGAUAUUGAGGCUACUAUAAGAAAUGCUAAUGAAAAAACUGAACAAGCAAGCAAACAGCUUAGUGAUGCAGAGAAUAAUUCAAACCUUGCUUUUGAUGUUGCCACAACAUCAAAAGAAAUCGCUGAGAAAGCCUCUGCAACCGCUAAGGGUAUUGUGGCUGAGUCGACUGAAACCCGAAGUGCUGCUUCAAAACUUAAAUCUGAUGCUGAAAACCUUCGGGAUAAGCUGGAGGAAACAACAGUCACAGUUCAGCUUAAGAACGCUACGGCAAUCAAGGAUUCUGAACUAGCCCAGGGAGCAUUGAAGGAGGCAAACCAGGCCCAGACUCAGGCCCAGGAUGCUUCCACCAAGGUUGCUCAGGCAAAGAAGGAGUUGGAGGAGAUAUCUGCAAUUCUUCAAACUGUUGAAGAACCAGAGCCUGGACUGCUAGCGGAUCUAGAAAGACGAGUAUCUGCUGCUGAAUCUAAGUUUCUUGAGGCAGAUCUUGAACUGAGACUGGAGGAACUAGAGCAGGCUAAACAAAAGCAGUAUGUUCUGAACCGGAGUGUAGAGGUUGAAAUAGAACUCCUGGAAUCUGAACUGGAAAAUGUGAAAAGUAUCUCUUCUAUUCUUCCAGAGUCAUGUCCUUCCUCCAAUAGACCCUGUUUAGAGUGCUAAAAUAUCUCUUCUCUAAUACAAUGAGACCCAGAAAACUGUGGAAUAGAAAGACGACUGUUAGACUCAAGAUAUUAUUAUAAUUAGUCCAAGGAACAUGAAACACAGCAUUGAUGCUGUGUUCAGUAUACACAGCCCCAGUUCACUUUAACCGGGGAAAGAAAUUGUUUUUUAGCAGCAUUUGAUUAUCACAAUUCACGGGUUUAUUUAGAUGUCGUCUUCCUAUCCCACAGUGUUGUGGGUCCCGCUGUACAUUGUCUGGAGCACUAAAAUUACAUUUUUUUCAUUUUUUUCUUGUGUGUCAUUUUUUUUACUCCUUUCAAUGUUCAUAAAACUCUUUCCAAUAGCCAAAAAAAAAUUUACCUGUCCCCCUCCCCCUUUCUGCAGGAAGUCCCUUUUCCAUUACACUUUGUUUGUGUAUGCUAAAACUGCUUUAUUUUGACUUGUUUUGCAGCAACUGCCACUUUUCCAGUUUUUGUUUCAUAAAAUAAAAUCUGUAGUUUAAAUAAUAAUGUAUAAGAUCUGCCAUAAUAUAUGAAUAAUGUAAUGUUUGAAUGAUGUAAUUUAAUAUUUUGAAUACUGUACUUUUCUUAUUUCUAAACUUUUACAAUAAAUAAAAUCUUUAA